AUGGGAUUAGCCAAAAAUCAGCCAAAACGUGUGUAUGUAAAUCUCCUCAACGGCUUGGGUAGUCAACAACACUUGGAGUGUCUACGCGUCCCCAAGCAUAAGGUAGAUUCAGAGAGCAGCAUCUUCAUGCUAAGGGCUACCCCACUAUGCCAGGCCACUCAUCGCAAGGUCAAGAUCGAGGAGACGACAGGUGGUCGCCGUUGGCCCUCUGCUGAUACGAACCAGGGCGCCAUUCUGAAGCUGAGUAUUCGCAUCUUCGUCAAAAUCAAUGGUAAGACGAAGAUCUCCAAUAUCACUACGAAAGCUUCUGAAUACACCCUCAACUCCCAUGCUGCUUCCUAA